AUGGCUCCAAUCAAAAAGCGCACGACUGCGCGCGUAAAAUCGGCUCGUGCAGCGCGGCCUGCGAUCGUUACAGCUGGCCUACCCAGGCCGGACGAAGAUUCGCCCUCGCUCUUCGUCUCAUCCAAGAAAGACAAGCAGAAAAUAAAACACUCGUCCUUUGUCUCUAAGAUCGAAAAGUCUUCUUCAAAGACCCAGAAGCGGCGGCGGCCCAACAAGAAGCUUGUUGCAGACCUCGAAUCACUAGCCGAUGCGCUGCCAGGUCUCGACGGCGAAGGCGCAAACGGGGAGAUUGAGGUUGGUCAAGCCAAGGUUACCCAGAGAAACCCUAUGAGAAGUAUGAAGAGCAAGCCAGGCGCACUGAAGCGCAAGGAAAAGCUCGAGAAGCUCGAGAUGGAUAGAUUCAACAAAAACCUUGUACAGUUGGCGACUGCGAACCCUGGUGCAGCAGUGCAGGACCGUUGGGCAGCACUUAAGAAUCACGUUCAAGGCAACAUGGAGAUCAAGGCCGAGUUCGUCAGGAAAUGA